CAAAUAUUAUUCAUAGGUAAUUAUCUCAUUAUCAUGUACGACAUCUUUCAAUCGUACUUCUCGAGUGUCAAUAUCUGGAAAUGCUGGCCGAUAAACCCACAGCGCUCAUAAAGCGAGAUGGCCUUUACCGUCGCGUCUAGGUAUGUUGGAUAUCCCAAUUCGUCGGCUUCUUUUGUCACUGCGCGUACCAAUUUUUCUCCCAGUCCCUUACCCCUGCAAGUAUCGCGGACUGCCAAAGUGUCGAGAACUGGGACACGACAAGUUGUAAGAACAUGCCCCAUGCGAUUCUACCCAAGGGCCACCCACUCGUUCAAUCCCAAUAGAAAAGGGCUGCAGAAUUUACGGAAUGCACUUACAUAUGUGGGCGAUCUCUCCCAUGUACUUGUGGUUGUUCUGAACCUGCGGCUCAGCCCAUUCGACAAUCAUUUCUCGGGUUACGGAUGGCGGCAACUCAGUGACUCGAUCCAACCAAGGGUUAAUCCCCCCAGGCAGCACGAUCCACCAUAGCACCAUCCCCACGAGGUUCCCUGGUUCAUAUUAGAUAUUUCAAUUCAUGGGAAAGAAACAGAAAGUAUUUCAUGGCACCCACCAGCCUCGUCUUUCGCAGUGAAAAUGCGCGAUUGCGGCGUGUCAGGCUUUGGAUUGAGGAAGCCGGUGAAGGUAGCCUCCCAAAAUUCCUUGACAUCUGGUUUGCGAGGGAACAGCCUUUCCGAAGCCUCACUACGGAAGGCUGCAUCAAAUAUUUCAACCAGGGUCGGCACCUCAGUCGGCGUCGCAGGCUGGAUGGUGAAUGCGGCCGUAGAAGUUGUCAUGGUCGCCGCAGAGUUGGUGGCGUAAGGUGAGAUUUUUGGUGCUUUGGGGAAUCCAAGCCCAGAAAUACAGGCACCAUUUGACGAUAUGUAGCUUAUAUACAAACAAACCCUCAG